AUGACUCUCCAGGCUGACUUUGAUGGUGCUGCAGAAGAUGUAAAAAAAUUAAAAACAAGACCAACUGAUGAAGAACUGAAGGAACUAUAUGGAUUCUACAAACAGGCUACUGUUGGAGAUAUUAAUAUUGAAUGUCCAGGAAUGCUAGAUUUGAAAGGCAAAGCCAAGUGGGAGGCAUGGAACCUGAAAAAAGGUUUAUCAAAGGAGGAUGCCAUGAAUGCCUAUAUCUCUAAAGCAAAAGCAAUGGUAGAAAAAUACGGCAUCUAGAAUACUCAAAAUAAUUACCACUAAUAACUAAUCCUUCAGUAUGAACUAACUGUUGAGAAAAUGCAAUACUAACUCCUUACUGUGUAGUCUGACAGUAAAAUUUUUUAAGCAUAAGCUGUUUGACUGUAAAGAAUGUUUACAUACAUACUCUAUUUUUAGAUUGUUUCUUACUCUAAAUAAAUUUUAACCUAAUAAAUUAA